AUGUUUUCAAAUAGAUGCACAGUUUUUUUAUUAAAUAAUGCAAGAUAUAUGAGUACAGCUAAACCAACAGUUGGUUUUAUUGGUUUAGGUAAUAUGGGUGCCCAUCAAGCAGCAAAUUUAAUUAAAAAGGGACACAAUUUAAUGGUAUUCGAUUUAUCAAAGGACAAUGUCAAUAAAUUAAAAGAAAAAGGUGCAUCAGUCGCCUCAUCACCAGCAGAACUUGCAAAGAACUGUGAUGUUAUUGUUACUAUGUUACCAGCAUCAAAACAUGUCAAAGGCGUUUAUUGUGGCGAAAAUGGUAUUCUUUCAACUGUCAAACCAGGUACUUUAUUAUUAGAUUCAUCUACUAUUGACCCAGAAACUGCUCGUGAAGUUUCAAAGAUCGCAUCAGAACAUAAAGCUACUAUGCUCGAUUGUCCAGUAUCUGGUGGUACAGGUGGUGCUGAAGCUGGUACAUUAACUUUUAUGGUUGGUGGUUCAGAAUCUGAUUUCAAUAAAGCCAAACCAUACCUCGAAUGUAUGGGUAAAAAUAUUGUCCAUUGUGGUGGCGUUGGUACCGGUCAAGUUGCUAAAGUUUGUAAUAACCUCGUUUUAGGUAUUUCAAUGGUUGGUGUUAGUGAAGCUAUGAAUUUGGGUGUUAAAUUAGGUAUGGAUCCAAAGAAAUUAGCAGGUAUCUUUAAUACUAGCUCAGCCCGUUGUUGGAGUUCCGAACUUUAUAAUCCAUGUCCAGGUGUUCUCGAAAACUCACCAGCUUCAAGAGGUUAUACCGGUGGUUUUGGCUCUGCUCUUAUGAAUAAAGAUCUUGGUCUUGCUGUCGAUAGUGCCAAAUCAAUUGGUGAACCAUUACCAUUAGGUAACUCUGCUCAUCAAGUUUAUACUCUUUUAGUUGCCAAAGGUGAAGGUAAUAAAGAUUUUUCAGUCGUUUAUGAUUUUUUAAAUAAAAGAUCUGAUAAUUAA